AUGGCGCGGAUCCCCCAGCCCCCCCCCCAGCACAGCUACGCCGCGGGCUCGGCGGGGCCCGCCCCGUACAUGCACCCCACCUACGGAGCCGAGCAGCAGAGCUUGCCCCUGGCCGGGUACAGCCACCCCCUGUCCCCUCUGCACGCCACCCACCCGGACACCGCGCGCUCCCCCUCCGCAGAGACCUCUCCUCCAGCGCAGACCUUUGACUGGAUGAAAGUGAAAAGAAACCCACCUAAAACAGGUAAGGAGAUCUCCGGCAAGGCAGCGCGGACAGGUUCACCACUCUGCCAUCAUGACAGUCCAGGCUCUUAUUUGCGUCCCCGUGGGAAGGCGGGAGAGUACGGCUACGUGGGGCAGCCCAACACGGUGAGGACCAAUUUCACCACGAAGCAGCUCACGGAGCUGGAGAAGGAGUUCCACUUCAACAAGUACCUGACCAGGGCCAGGAGGGUGGAGAUCGCUGCUUCGCUGCAACUUAACGAGACGCAAGUGAAGAUCUGGUUUCAGAACCGUAGGAUGAAGCAGAAGAAAAGGGAGAAGGAGGGCUUGCUACCCAUUUCCCCGGCUACCCCCACGGGAUGCGAGGAGAAAGCAGAAGAGUCAUCAGAAAAGUCCAGUUCAUCCCCGUGCACCCCUUCACCGGCCUCCUCUACUUCAGACGUCCUUACUACCUCAAACUGAGACAUCCCUGGGCCCCACCCUAUAGCUACAUCUUUAGCGUACCCUCAUUGAUUUAAAGUAAAUAUAUUUUUUUAAAUAUUCGGGUCAUCCUGACGUUCAAAUAACUUGUUCCGUGAGCAUUUGGGUUUAGAAAUUCCCUCCGCUGUUUAUUUUAUGCAGAGCUAAACACAAUGGGUUCUAAUGUCAGUUUUUGAUGACCACUUAAUUAACUAGUCCUGCAUUCAUUCCUUACAUUCCAGCAGGAGUUGUGAGUUCUUUUUUUUUUUUUUUUUGGUCUCCUUAGCACAUUUAUAAGGGUCUCCCUGUUUCCGGAGAGCCAAAUUGCAAGGAUGUUUCUAUAUUUUUUCCCCUACAGAAACACAAAGCUAUCGAGAGUACAUGACCUCAUGAUGAGAUGCACUAUUGAAAGUGUUUACACGAGUUAUAGAACUUUCAUCCAUUAAUUUAAUGCGUUCUCUUUUUUUCGUGUGUAUGCGUUUGUUGGUUGUAAAUACUUUGUCCAAGAGAUUUAUCUUUUUACAGAUUUUCUAGAAAUGAUGUUUAGAUUAAGCAGGGUGGGUACAUUCUCAAAACUGGAUCCAAUUUUAUAAUGGUAAACCUGAUGAUAUCAGUUAAAUUUGCAAUCAGAUACCUCGAAUUGUAGCACCAUUUUUUUUUAUGAGACAGAAGAAGGCUUCAAUUGCACUAGGUUUUGUAAACCUUACUGGUGUGCUCCCCCUCUCCUCCCCCUCCAGAAAUCUGUGCUGGAUUAUAUUGGACCUAAAACGGUAUUUUAUUCCCCCCCCAAAAGACCUCACCUAUUCCUAUUUUCAAAGUAAUCCUUCCUUCGACUUGAUGUCUUUUCAGCCUAAUCGUAAAUGUGAUGACUGGCCAAAUGAAUGUAUAUUUUCUGUGAUUCGUGUAUGGAACUUUGCAUGAUGCACAAUGCUUUGAUGUACUGAAGGUACACUGAGUUCUAUCAGUUGUCAUUUGUGAGCUAACUAUCUUUCUGAUUUUCUGUACAAUCAUUAAAGGUUCUGCGGUUCUGUGAGUGACGGAAUCCAGAGCAGAAUUUACGGGUCCUAAAAUGUCUGUAAUAAAUAUAUUCAAG